AUCUGUGCUGCAUUGGACUUUUUUUAUUCUUCGAACUAUUGUCUAUUUUCUUUUUUUUAUCUUUUAUCUUUUAUCGAUAUGAAUCCUACAGACGCCGAGGGCUUCUCUCACCCCGUUAUCCCCCCCCGCAAACGCACCCGCACCGGCUGUGUGAAUUGCAGUCGGCGACGGAGAAAAUGCGACGAGAUAAAACCUUCUUGUACCGGAUGCAAACGUCGCGGAGAACGAUGCCAGUGGCGAAUGCUGGGCGCGUUUCGCGACUCGAACAUCAAGGUGCUCGAGGCGGAGCAUCCGUCUAUGAACCAGCCUGUCAGUCGGCCGUCGAAACGGCAGGGAAAGUUCAAGAUCUUGACUGUUGAGCCGUCGCGGAGGAAAGAGGGCAAGAACGAGGCCAACAAUGCGCUGGACCGAGGGCACAAAUCGCCGGUAGCAGAUGUCGCUAUAGCGCAGUCACCACCGGCAGUUGCAGACCCAGCUCCAUAUCCAGCGCUCUCCCCAUCUCCUACCCCAGACACCAACUCAAUCCCCAGACCAGACCAAUUCCCCAGCCCGGAGCCCAUGGUCGAAGACCUAACCUCCCCAUCCAACUCCACCCAAUUCGCCAGCAGCAACGACCCCAGCCAACCCUACCUCUCCUCACCCGAGUUCGUCGUCGACGAGCUCACUGCGCUACGCAACCUCUCUAAUCCUUAUCCGGGGAUGACGCCGCCCCUCUUGGACUCCAGCGUCUUCUCCGAUCUGGAUAACCCGGCCAACGACGUCUUCCUCCCGGGGUCGGCCUAUGAAGCUCUUCAUACGGCGCUGCGGAAUCGGCAGCUUUGGACGGCGCGCCCGGAUAUACCGAGUCGCCCUGCUUCGCCGACGCCGACUUCUGUUCCAGAGAGGGGGCGGAGUGAGUCGAGGGCGAGGACGGGGAGGUUUGAGGUGUCGCCUGAUCGGGAGAAUAUCCUCUGGCAGAACUACCUGAAUGAGAUAUGUCUUUGGCUGGACAUGUUCGACAACCACCGACACUUCGCCUCGACAUUCCCGCAGAUGGCCAAGUCGGCGCCGCACCUGCGGUACUCGAUCCUCGCCCUCUCGGCUCGACAAAUGGAACGGAAGCAUGGCGAAAAGUCGCAGUCCGAGAGUCUCUCGUUAUAUCAAGAAGCUAUCCACUUGCUUCUUCCGGAGCUCGAGAGCAAGUCGACGCCUGUGAUUGCGUCGUGUGUCAUUCUUUGUGUGUUGGAGAUGUUGAGCUGUAACCCGAAAGAAUGGCGCCGCCACCUGGAUGGCUGCGCAUACCUCAUCCAAGCCGCCGAGAUCAACGGCUUCUCCGGGAAAGAAGAGCAGGCUCUCUUCUGGUGCUUUGCUCGCAUGGACGUCUGCGGCGGCCUCAUCUCCGAAGAAGAAACCAUCAUCCCAAUUUACCACUGGCUGCCCCCAACCAUGAACCCUUCGGACGCGACAUCCCUCUUCCUCGCGUCCGACCACGACACAUACGCAAACUACACCGUCUACCUGUGCGCGCAAACACUCGGCGUGCUCUUCCGCCGCACGUCAUCUUCAGCGACGACAUCAAUAUACCCAGGUAGCCCCGACGACAGCAGCGAGACGUACGUCGCGCGCUGGAGCUGCCUGUUCGACGCCGUCGAGCAGUGGUAUGAGAAUCGGCCGAGCCAGAUGAAGUCGAUUUUUAGCGUAUCGACGGCGACGGCGGCGGAUUGGGGGAGGGAGAGGCCGUUUCCGACGGUGUUGUAUGCGAAUGGGGCUGCUAUUUCGGGGAAUCAGCUAUAUCACACGUGCUCGCUGCUCCUGCUGCAGCGGAAACCGAAGACGCUUUCGCUGGCUCGUCGGCCGAAAUCCGUCCUCUGGCACGCCCGCCAGAUCUGCGCCAUAUCCGCCUCAAACGCACACCACGGCUGCUGGACAAACGCGCUACAACCACUCUGGAUCGCGGGCAAAGUCAUGUCGCACCAUUCCGAGCACGCGGCGAUUAUCGAGACGCUGACGCGCAUUGAGCGCGAGACUGGGUGGGCGACGGCGUGGCGGGUGGAGGAUCUGAGGGAGUUUUGGGGGGAUGAUGUUGAGUGA